AUGUGGGGCGCGCUGGGGGCCGGAGGGCUGGCCCGGGCCGGACAGCUGCGCCGAGGCGCCUGCCUGGAGCUCACGGGCUGCGGCGGCUCCCGGCAGGUCCCUUCCGCGGGUCCGCUCGGGUCCGGCCAGGCCAGCCCGGCCGCGAUGGCCUCUCCGCUGCCCGGAAGCGCCAAGGAGGCCGGCGGCGGAGGCGAGUCGCUGCUGCUGCUGCUGCGGGGCUGUCCGCUCUCGUCCUUCCGCCCGGUGGGGCCCCCGCCGCGCUUCCUGGAGGCUCCGCCGCCGGCUCCCUUCCCGUCCCCGACGGCCGCAGAGGGUAGGCUGGCUGGAGGCUCUCCCCGCCUGGCGCCCUUCCCCUUCCCGCCGCCCGCUCUGCCCCGCCCGCUCCCGCUCCUGGCCGCGCCAUGCCCCCCCGACGGAGCCUUGCCGAGAAGGAGCAGCCCGCCGGCGCCGGAGCCCGGCUACCGCUUCACCGCCCAGGAGCUCCACGCAGUCCUGUACGGGGCUCUCCCGGCAGCCGCCCGCCAGCCCCACAGCCCAGGCUCGGUUGAAGGUCAGCCGCUGUUUCCCGACAAGUCUUCUCUGCAACUCCCCGAAGGCCUUACCGUGCUGCAGACGGUGUUCCUAGACGGCCCCCAGCUGGGCGUCUUUUGCACCCAGGCCAUCCCGAAGGGGGUCCGCUUCGGCCCUUUCCAAGGCAAAGUGGUCAACACCAGCGAGAUCAAGACCUACGAUGACAACUCCUUGAUGUGGGAGAUCUUCGAGGACGGCCGCUUGAGUCAUUUCAUCGACGGCAAAGGCGCCUCCGGUAACUGGAUGUCCUUAGUGAACUGCGCUCGCUUCCCGGAGGAGCAGAACCUGACGGCGCUCCAGUGCCAGGGCCAGAUCUACUACGAGAGCUGCAAGGAGAUCUCACCGGGCCAGGAGCUGCUGGUCUGGUACGGCGACUGCUACCUGCAGUUCCUGGGCAUCCCCAUCAGCCUGAAGGGCCCCGUCGAAGGGAAGCGAGCCCAGCAGCCCUGCGAAGAGUCCCUGGAAGGCUUCAAGUGCGAGCGCUGCGGCAAAGUCUUCGCCUACAAGUACUACCGCGACAAGCACCUGAAGUACACGCGCUGCGUGGACCAGGGCGACCGCAAGUUCCCCUGCCACCUCUGCCAGCGCUCCUUCGAGAAGCGGGACCGCCUGCGCAUCCACGUCCUCCACGUCCACGAGAAGCACCGCCCGCACAAGUGCUCUAUAUGUGGGAAGAGCUUCUCUCAGUCCUCUAGUCUAAACAAACACAUGAGGGUGCAUUCUGGGGAAAGGCCCUACAAGUGUGUGUACUGUAACAAGGCAUUCACCGCCUCCAGUAUCCUGCGUACUCACAUCCGCCAGCAUUCAGGAGAGAAGCCAUUUAAGUGCAAACACUGUGGCAAGGCAUUUGCCUCCCAUGCAGCCCAUGACAGUCACGUGCGGCGCACACACAGCAAUAAGGACAAAGGCCGCACAUGUACAGUGUGCGGCAAAACAUUCCUAGAGGCAGAAGAAUUCCGUUUUCACAUGAAGUUCCAUGCAGCUCUGUAG